AUGAAAGCAAUCGAUCAGCUUUCCCGUGGAACAGAAUGGCAGUUAAAGAGAAUAACUGUACAGGGCAACAAACUCACCAAUAACGGGCAGUGUAAAACCAAGGACCUUGAGCUGUGGCUGCGGGACCCAGUAGACUGCAUCCAUGAGCUCAUGGCGAAUCCUGAGUUUGAUCACAUGGUGUCAUAUGUGCCAGAGAGAGUGUUUGCAGAUGUGGAGGGCAAGACAAGAUGGUAUGAUGAAAUGUGGACAGGUGACUGGUGGUGGGAGAUGCAGGGAAGAUUGCCUCAAGGGGCAGUUGUUGCACUGGUGAUCCUAGCAUCCGAUAAGACUUUGCUGUUGCAGUUCCAGGGAGACCAAGAGGUUUGGCCCAUCUACCUGAGCCUCGGGAACAUAUCAAAAGAUAUCCGAUGUCAGCCAUCCAAACAUGCCACAAUCCUCAUCGCAUACUUACCAAUCUCGAAGUUAGAAUGCUUCAUGCGAGAUACACGUUUGGUCGAACGUUACCUAAGGCGGAUGUAUCCCGUCGUGGCAGCAUAUAUUGCUGAUUUUCCGGAGCAGUGCUUGGUGGCGUGCUGCAUGGAAAACAGGUGCUCAAAGUGUGUUGUGGGCCGCAACGAGCAUGGGGAUAUGAGGACGUCGCCAAUGCGCAAUCGAGACUCCAUGUUUAAAGGAGAACUAGGACUACGAGCCAUCUACUCACCGUUCUGGGCAACACUCCCACACAACAACAUCUUCUCAUGUAUCACCCCCGACAUUUUACAUCAGCUGCACAAAGGAGUUUUUAAGGAUCACAUUGUUAGCUGGUGCUCCGAUAUCAUAGGCGAGGAAGAACUUGAUGCACAGUUCAAGGCGAUGAUGUUGUAUUCAGGACUCCGACACUUCAAAAAAGGCAUCUCCAAGCGUAAACAAUGGACGGGGGCAGACUACCAAGAGCUGCAGCAUGUCUUUCUCAGUAUGAUUGCUGGCGCGGUUGACCAUAAAGUUCUGACAGCAUAUCGGAUGCACACAGAAGACACACUUGCCCGUAUGCACGCUGGCCUCGCCUCAUUCCAUGCUAAUAAGAACGUCUUCAUCGACCUCGGGGUGCAGGAACACUUCAACAUACCGAAAAUUCACUUGAUGAUGCAUUACAACGACACCAUUCGCGUUCUCGGCAGUGCGGACGGUUUCAAUACUGAACUUCCUGAAAGGCCGCACAUUGAUUUUGCCAAGCGGGCAUACCGUGCGUCGAAUCGCCGCGACUAUGUCAUCCAAAUGACUACCUGGCUACGGCGACAAGAGUCCAUCCACAUCCAAGAUGCCUACCUUCGAUGGUGGGGUUCCCAGCACCCUGUCAAUCAAGGUUCAAACUCGCUGGAGCAAGACUCAGAUGCCAGCGGCUCUGAUUCGGAUUCGGAUGGCACAGGACCUGGACAAUUUUGUAUUGACUUGCCUUGUCAGGUACAACGGUUCACAAUGGUGACAGGUUCACACGGCUACUUUGUCCCCAGGACAUGUCCCUUUCCGAAUUCGACGAUCCAGCGCUUGCUUAACGAGCAUGGUGCUUCACUUUUCAUUCCGUCUCUUGAAGCAUUUCUUCGCAUCCAUGUACCGAGUUGGUCGCACCGAAAACUCACACCACAAGACCGGGUCAACGUCUACAAAUACCUCAAGAUUCUCUCUCCAGCACAACCCCAUAUCAACAACAGAAAGUGUCUGUUCAAGGUCCGUGCGUCACCAGUUAUUCCUGCGACGGAUGUGAGGAGACCACCAGCGCCUGCACACUUUGACAGUGUGCUGGUGAUUGAAGAUGAGAAUGAGUACAGCGGUGAAGGUCUUAGAGUGGGUGAAGUAAGGGUUGUUUUCAAGCUUCCAUCACGUCUCGGGAAUUUUCCUCACCCCCUGGCAUACAUUCAUUGGUUUCGGCCGCUUCAAAGCUUUGAUGAGAUUUUACACAGCUUCCGCCUCACUAGCUCUUCACGUCAGCAUGGUCCUAAUGCACUGGUGGUACCAGUUCAUCAAGUUCUUCGCCCAUGCCAUCUUAUUCCUUGGGUUGGUCGAGAGUCGGAGGUGUGAGGAGAAUUUUAUUUUAAUAGGUACAUCAAUUUGGAGUUGUUCGAGUGCUUGUCCGAAUCCGAGAGGCUAUGAUACCAUUGAUAUUAACCAUAGGGUGCCAUAUUGACUAUGAGUUGCCGGACAAACCACAUAGCUACUAUUGGCAUCAUGGCACACUACAGUGUGGUAUUUAGUGCUAUGGAUGGUCUAUAGAUGCUCUGUUGUGCUAUCAAGGCUAUGUAGCGAUAUAUACUCUUGCAGUGUGCAACUUGUGUCCGACCUUUUUCCUGAUGCA